AUCAUCAUCAGCAUCCUAUCUGUACACUCUCCUCCUUCCUCCUCCUCCUUCCUUUCCUUCCACACCCUCCUCCUCCCCCGGGGCCACCGGUGAAGGAGGCUUGUGCACCGGGGUUUGGCUGGCAGUCUCGCCGCUGUAUGACCGUGGAUUAACUGCAUGCUCACGUCGACCAGGAAGAGGAGCCAGCGCUUGAGCGGGCUCACUUGCAGCCAUGGCUGAAGGUGGAGAAGGAGAGGAUGAAAUUCAGUUCCUCAGAACUGAUGAUGAAGUGGUGCUCCAGUGCGUGGCUUGCAUCCAGAAGGAGAAUCGAAAGUUUUGCUUGGCAGCUGAGGGGCUGGGCAACCGGCUGUGUUACCUGGAACCAACGUCCGAGGCAAAGUACGUCCCUCCAGACCUAUGCAUCUGUACCUUCGUGCUGGAACAGUCCCUCUCAGUCCGGGCCCUCCAAGAGAUGCUGGCUAAAAGUGGACAGAACAAUGAAGCGGCAGCGCAGAGUGGUGGCCACAAGACUCUGCUGUACGGACAUGCCAUCCUCCUACGACACUCGUUCAGUUCCAUGUACCUGGCUUGUUUGAAGACAUCAAGGUCACAAACCGAUAAAUUAUCAUUUGAUGUCGGCCUACAGGAAGAUUCAACAGGUGAGGCUUGUUGGUGGACAAUCCACCCGGCCUCCAAGCAGAGAUCAGAAGGAGAGAAGGUGCGCAUAGGUGAUGACCUCAUCCUUGUCAGCGUGUCCUCUGAGCGCUAUCUUCAUUUAUCAAUCUCUAAUGGCAACAUCCAGGUGGACGCAUCCUUCAUGCAGACGUUGUGGAACGUCCAUCCCAUCUGUUCUGGCAGCAACAUAGAGGAAGGCUAUCUGUUGGGUGGUCAUGUGAUGCGGCUGUUUCAUGGGCAUGAUGAGGUGGUGACCAUCCCGGGGUCAGACCAGAGUGAAGAGCAGCAAAGGAUAGUCAAUUAUGAGAUAGGUAAAGCUGGUGCGAAGGCCAGAUCCUUAUGGAGGUUGGAGCCACUCCGGAUCAGCUGGAGUGGGAGCCACAUCCGCUGGGGUCAGCCCUUCCGGUUGCGACACCUGACUACUGGUCACUACCUAGCCCUGACCGAGGACAGGGGCUUGGUGCUGCAGGACCGAGAGAGGUCCGACACAAUCUCAACUGCCUUCUGCUUCAGAGCAUCUAAGGCAAGGCCACACGAACAUGUCUUUGCUCUACGAGAGAAGCUUGAGCAGAGUCCAAAACGGGACAUUGAGGGGAUGGGUGUAGCAGAGAUUAAAUAUGGAGACUCGCUCAGCUUCAUUAUGCACGUGGCUACGGGGCUGUGGCUCUCCUACCAGGCACCUGACGUCAAAUCUGCACGUUUGGGUCCUCUCAAGAGACGAGCAUGUCUACAUUCCGAAGGUCACAUGGAUGACGGCUUGACACUGCAGCGCUGUCAACAUGAGGAAUCUCGAGCCGCCCGGAUCAUCCGCAACACCACUCUCCUCUUUAACAGAUUCAUCAGAGGGCAUAACAAGACACUUGUGGCACUUCCAAUUGAAGAGGUGCUCCAAACCCUCAACGACCUCAUCACCUACUUCCUGCUCCCUGAUGCUGAGCUGGAGCAUGAAGAGAGGCAGAUCAAGCUACGGUCCCUCAAAAACAGGCAGAAUCUUUUCAAACAGGAAGGCAUGCUGACACUGGUGUCCAACUGCAUAGACCGUCUGAACGUUUACAACAGCGUGGCCCACUUUGGGGAGUGUGCUGGGCCAGAGGCCGGAGCAGCCUGGAAAGACAUCCUCAACCUGCUCUACGAGUUGUUGGCAGCGUUAAUCAGAGGAAACAGGAUCAACUGCACUCAGUUUUCCAACAACUUGGAUUGGCUUGUUAGCAAGCUAGAGAGACUCGAGUCUUCUUCGGGCAUUCUUGAAGUUCUUCACUGUAUACUAAUCGAGAGUCCAGAGGCUCUCAACAUGAUCCAGAGAGGACACAUCAAGUCCAUCAUAUCGCUGUUAUACAAACACGGACGUAACCACAAGAUUCUCGAUGUGCUUUGCUCCUUGUGUGUGUGUAAUGGUGUGGCUGUGCGAACCAAUCAAAACCUCAUUUGUGAUCACUUGCUGCCCAAGAGAGACCUGCUGCUACAAACGCAGCUGGUCAAUGACGUCCAAAGUAUGAGACCGAACAUCUUCCUCGGGGUGAGCGAGGGCUCAGCUCAAUACAAGAAGUGGUACUACGAGCUGAUGAUUGACCAGGUGGACCACUUUGUGACCAGUGAACCCUCUCACCUUCGAGUGGGCUGGGCCAACACCAAGGGCUACGCACCUUACCCAGGAGGGGGUGAAGGUUGGGGGGGCAAUGGCGUGGGAGAUGACCUCUAUUCUUAUGGUUUUGACGGACUGCACCUUUGGUCAGGACGCAUCCACCGGGCAGUUGCAUCUCUCCAUCAGCAUAUCCUGACGUCAGAGGAUGUGGUGAGCUGUUGUCUCGACCUCGGAGCUCCAAGCAUCUCUUUCCGCAUCAACGGACAGCCAGUUCAGGGCAUGUUUGAAAACUUCAAUAGAGACGGACUCUUCUUUCCCGUCGUCAGCUUCUCUGCAGGUGUAAAGGUAAGGUUUCUAUUGGGUGGUCGUCAUGGCGACUUUAAAUUCCUGCCGCCAUCGAGUUACGCCCCCUGUUACGAGGCUCUGCUGCCCAAAGAGAGGCUGAGAGUGGAGCCGGUGAAGGAGUACAAGAGGGAUGUGGACGGGGUCCGAGAUUUACUCGGCACCACCCUCAUCUUGUCACAGGCCUCUUUCAUUCCCACACCAGUGGAAACCAGCCAGAUUGUUAUGCCGCCUCACUUGGAGAAAGUUCGGGACAAGCUGGCAGAGAAUAUCCAUGAAUUGUGGGGCAUGAAUAAAAUUGAAUUGGGCUGGUCCUACGGCAAGAUUAGGGAUGAUAAUAAGCGGCAGCAUCCAUGUCUGGUGGAUUUCUCCAAGCUGCCCGAAACUGAAAAGAACUACAACCUGCAGACGUCGACAGAAACUCUCAAAACCCUGCUGGCACUGGGCUGUCGAGUAGUUCAGGUCAAUUCAAAUGCUGAUGAAUCACUUAAGAAGAUUAAACUCCCAAAGAACUUCAUGAUGUCCAGUGGUUACAAGCCGUCCCCUCUGGACUUGUCUGAUAUGAAACUGACUCCUGGUCAGGAGUUGCUGGUGGACAAACUGGCGGAGAAUGCACACAAUGUGUGGGCCAAAGACCGCAUCAAGCAGGGUUGGACGUAUGGUAUUCAGCAGGAUCUGAAAAGUAAACGUAACCCUCGCCUGGUCCCUUACGCCCUGCUGGAUGAGCGCACCAAGAAGUCAAACCGUGAUAGUUUACGCGAGGCGAUUCGGACUCUGAUUGGUUAUGGGUACAAUGUGGAGCCAUCCGAUCAAGAAGGCGCACAAACAGUUGAGCGUCUCAGCAUCGACAAAAUCCGAUUCUUCCGAGUAGAACGGACAUACGCGGUGAAGACCGGGAAAUGGUACUUUGAAUUUGAGGCCGUCACAGGAGGUGACAUGAGAGUUGGCUGGGCAAGACCAGGGUGUAAACCUGACGUGGAGCUCGGCACGGAUCAACUGGCUUUUGUCUUUGACGGAUUCAGGGGCCACUGUCUAAAUAUGGGUGGCCGUUUGUUUGGACGCUGCUGGCACAGCGGCGAUGUGGUCGGGUGUAUGAUCAACAUGGAAGACAAAUCCAUGAUCUUUACCCUCAAUGGAGAGAUACUUAUCACCACCAAAGGCUCUGAACUUUGCUUCACCGACUUUGAAACAGAGGAUGGAUUCAUCCCAGUGUGCAGCCUGGGUUUAGCUCAGGUAGGCCGUAUGAAUCUCGGGAAAGAUGCCAGCACCUUUAAGUAUUACACCAUGUGCGGCCUUCAAGAGGGAUUUGAGCCCUUCGCUGUUAACAUGAACAGAGAGCUCACCAUGUGGUUCAGCAAGCGUCUGCCAACGUUUGUCAAUGUGCCAAAGGAGCACAAUCACAUCGCGGUGACGAGAAUUGACGGGACGGUCGACAGCCCGCCGUGUCUCAAGGUUACUCACAAGACAUUUGGCACCCAGAGCACCAACACGGACAUGGUGUUUUGUCGUCUGAGUAUGCCUGUGGAGUUUCACUCCUUCUUCAAGAUCAGUCCGGUUAUCGAUACGAGUGGACUACAGCAGCAUCACAACGGUAAUCAAAUAUUGAUUAACAUUCAAUCAUUUACCACAACAAUCACAGUCUUUGUUUCCUUUCAGUACUACCACUCGGUGAGGGUCUUUGCCGGUCAGGACCCUUCUUGUGUUUGGGUUGGAUGGGUUACCCCUGACUACCAUUAUUACAGCAACAACUUUGCCCUCAGCAAGACCCGAACUGUGACCGUGACCUUGGGUGAUGAGCGAGGGCGAGUCCAUGAGAGUGUCAAGAGGAGUAACUGCUACAUGGUGUGGGGUGGCGAUGUGACCAAUGCAACUCAUCCCUCAAGUCGGAGUAAUGUUGACCUGGAAAUUGGCUGUCUCAGUGACCUCGCCACUGGCCUGGUGACUUUCACGGUCAACGGCAAGGAGAUAUCCACAUCCUACCAGGUGGAACCAAACACCAAGCUUUUCCCUGCUGUCUUUGUGCAACCAACCAGUCCUAACCUCUUUCAGUUUGAACUGGCCAAAAUUAAGAACGCCAUGCCGCUGUCGUCAGCCAUUUUUAAGAGCGAACAUAAGAACCCGGUGCCUCAGUGUCCCCCUCGCCUUGACGUCCAGACUAUCAAUGCGGUUCUGUGGAGCCGCAUGCCAAAUACCUUCUUGAAAGUAGAAACAGCAAGGGUCAGCGAGAGACACGGUUGGUCGGUUCAGUGUGUGGAGCCUCUGCAGAUGAUGGCAGUUCACAUUCCUGAGGAGAACAGGUGUGUGGACAUCAUGGAACUGUCCGAGCAGGAAGACACGCGGGAGUUCCACUACCACACCUUAAAGCUCUACUGUGCCCUCUGCGCUUUGGGUAACACCCGUGUGGCCCACGCCCUCUGCAGUCACUUGGACCAAUCCCAGCUCUUAUACACCAUAGACAACCAAUACCUAUCUGGCAUGUUACGAGAAGGUUUUUACAAUCUUCUCAUCAGUAUCCAUCUGGAGACAGCCAAAGGCGCUCGACUCACGAUGAAAGAUGAAUUCAUCAUCCCGGUCACAACAGAGACACGUUCCAUCCGUCUCUUCUCCAAUGCUUCCAAAAAACACUCGCCGCCAGGGGUGGGGCUGAGUACGUCGCUCAAACCCCGCCUCAACUUUGCUCCUCCUUGCUUCAUCAACACCAAACGGGAGCAUCAUCUGUACAGUCCCCAGAUCCCUCUGGAUGCAUUAAAAGAAAAAUCCAUUUCAAUGUUGACCGAGGCGGUCCAGGGUGGUGGCCAUUAUAUCCGUGAUCCUGUAGGAGGAGGUGUAGAGUAUCAAUUUGUGCCAAUCUUGAAGCUCAUCAGCACUUUGCUGACCAUGGGGGUCCUCUGCAGCAAGGAUGUUCACAAAAUCUUACUCCUCAUUGACCCGAAUGUAUUUAAGGAUGCACACGAUGAAGGACCCACUAGUACGACUGACAAAGAAGGACUAACGGGGAAUGAGGAGAAAGCCGUGGAAGCAGGAGAGGAAGAGGCAGCCAAAGAAGCCAAACAGACAAUGAAAGGACUUUUGGAGACAAGGCUGCCUGAACCUGUGAAACGUCAGAUGUGUGAGCUACUCCACUACUUCUGCGACUGUGAGCUCAAACACCGUAUCGAAGCCAUUGCGUCCUUCUCGGACAAAUUUGUCUCCAAGCUACAGUAUAACCAAAAAUUCAGAUACAACGAGCUGAUGCUCGCCCUUAAUAUGUCCGCCGCCGUGACGGCAAAGAAGACUAAGGAGUUCCGCUCGCCUCCUCAAGAACAGAUCAACAUGCUGCUGACCUUCAGCACAGGCGAUGACUGUCCGUGUCCAUCAGAUAUCCAGGGGGAGCUUUAUGAUUUUCACAACCAGCUGCAGCUACACUGUGGAAUCCCGAUGGAGGAAGACGAGGAUAAGCAAGACACAUCCAUUAAAGGCCGGCUUCUAACUCUGGUGAAUAAAAUCAAAGGACAAGCUCAUAAGACAGAGCAACCGUUGCAGAAGGAACAAGCUGCACCGUCCAACCUGAAGGAAUUGAUCUCGCAGACCAUGGUCAGCUGGGCCCAGGAGUGUCACAUCCAAGACCCAGAACUGGUACGGAAGAUGUUCAGCCUGCUGAGGAGGCAGUACGACAGCAUCGGCGAGUUGCUCAGGGCCAUGAGAAAGACUUACACCAUUAGCGCCGCCUCGGUCCAUGAUACCAUUAGACUCUUGGCUUCUCUGGGUCAGAUCAGAUCUCUGCUUUCUGUUCGGAUGGGGAAAGAGGAGGAAAAGCUUAUGAUCGAUGGACUUGGUGACAUCAUGAAUAACAAGGUGUUCUAUCAGCAUCCCAAUCUAAUGAGAAUUCUAGGCAUGCAUGAGACUGUCAUGGAGGUCAUGGUCAAUGUGCUCGGAGGGGACAAAUCACAGGAAAUAGCCUUCCCCAAGAUGGUGGCUAGCUGUUGUCGCUUCCUGUGUUAUUUUUGCCGCAUCAGCCGUCAGAACCAGAAAGCAAUGUUUGACCACCUGAGUUACCUCCUGGAAAAUAGCAGCGUGGGCCUUGCUUCACCAGCUAUGAGGGGCUCCACUCCUCUCGAUGUGGCUGCUUCCUCCGUUAUGGACAACAACGGUCUGGCUCUCGCGCUGGAGGAACUUGAUCUGGACAAGGUUGUGACGUACUUGGCUGGCUGCGGUCUCCAGAGUUGUCCAAUGCUUCUGGCUAAAGGUUAUCCAGAUAUUGGCUGGAAUCCAAUCGAAGGAGAACGUUACCUCUCCUUCUUGCGCUUUGCCGUCUUUGUUAAUGGUGAAAGUGUGGAGGAGAACUCCAGUGUGGUGGUCAAACUGCUCAUCCGUCGCCCGGAGUGUUUCGGACCUGCACUGAGAGGGGAGGGAGGCAACGGACUGCUGGCGGCCAUGAAAGAAGCCAUCAAGAUUUCCGAGACGCCGGCUUUGGAUCUACCUGGUUCUGUGCAGGGAGUCAGCUGUGAUGUAUCUGCUGAUGGCGAUGAUGAAGAGGAAGUGGUUCACAUGGGCAAUGCCAUCAUGUCCUUCUACUCAGCACUCAUUGACCUGUUGGGACGUUGUGCCCCAGAAAUGCAUCUCAUCAACAAAGGGAAAGGCGAAGCUCUCCGUAUUCGUGCCAUUUUGCGCUCCCUGGUGCCCACUGAAGACCUGGUGGGAAUCAUCAGCAUACCUCUCAAGACACCUAUCGUUAAUAAAGAUGGCUCAGUGACAGAACCUGAUAUGUCAGCCUGCUUUUGUCCGGACCACAAGGCCCCCAUGGUGCUGUUCCUGGACCGAGUGUAUGGGAUCGAGGACCAGAGCUUUUUGCUUCACCUUCUUGAAGUUGGCUUCCUUCCUGACUUGAGGGCUGCAAACUCGCUAGAUACAGAGGGUCUGUGCACCACCGAGACAGCUUUGGCCAUGAACCGUUAUAUCGGCUCAGCCAUGCUCCCCCUCCUCACUCGCUGCGCUCCCCUCUUUGCCGGCACCGAACACCAUGCCACGCUCAUCGAUUCCACCCUGCACACCAUCUACCGCCUCUCCAAGGGUCGCUCCCUCACCAAAGCCCAGAGAGAUGCCAUUGAGGAGUGCCUGCUAGCUGUCUGCAAGCACCUUCGCCCUUCAAUGCUGCAGCAGCUUCUGCAUCGCCUCGUCUUUGACGUACCCUUGCUGACUGAAUACUGCAAGAUGCCUCUCAGGCUGCUAACCAAUCAUUAUGAGCAAAACUGGAAGUACUACUGCCUUCCAUCAGGCUGGGGCAGCUACGGCACAGCCUCGGACGAUGAACUCCAGCUCACCAAGAAGAUCUUCUGGGGAGUGUUUGAUUCAUUAUCCCAGAGGAAAUAUGAUCCAGAGCUGUUCAAGAUGGCAAUGCCCUGCCUCAGUGCCAUCGCUGGAGCUUUGCCUCCUGAUUAUGUGGAUGCCGCCAUUGUUGGGGAAAUAGUUUCAGUAAAUACUCAUGGCAACUUUGAACCCAAACCUAUCACAACUGCAAACAUUGCCCUCCCAGAGAAGCUUGAACACUUUGUCAACAAGUAUGCUGAACAUUCUCACGAGAAAUGGUCAGCGGAGAAGGUGCUACUUGGUUGGAAAUAUGGAGACCGUGUGGAUGAGAAGGCGAGAAUUCACCCACAGCUGAGGACAUACAAAGCUCUGACGGAGAAGGAGAAAGACAUUUACAGAUGGCCAAUCAGGGAGUCAUUAAAAAGUAUGCUGGCAAUGGGCUGGAGCAUUGACCGGGCCAGAGACGGAGAGAGCAUGUCUCAUCAGAGGGAAAAUGAAAAAGUACGAAAAAUAUCUCAGGUCUCACAGGCAAACGGUUUUAAUCCCAGUCCAAUAGACACAAGCAAUGUGAUCCUAUCCAGAGAGUUGCAAGGGAUGGUGGAGGUGGUGGCUGAAAAUUACCAUAACAUCUGGGCCAAAAGAAAAAAAAGUGACCUUGGAAGUAGAGGCGGAGCUACGCACCCUUUGCUGGUGCCGUAUGAGACGCUGACCGCCAAGGAGAAGGCUCGGGAUCGAGAAAAGGCUCAGGAUCUCUUCCGGUUCCUACAGAUCAGUGGUUACCAUAUCACAAGAGGUCUGAGGGAUUUGGAUCAGGACUCUUCCUCCAUGGAGAAAAGGUUUGCUUACAGGUUCCUCAGGAAGCUACUCAAAUAUGUCGACUCCGCCCAGGAAUUCAUCUCUCACCUCGAGGCCAUGGCUGCCAGCGGGAAAACAGACAGGUCACCUCAUGAGCAAGAAAUCAAGUUUUUUGCCAAAGUUCUCCUCCCGCUCAUUGAUCAAUACUUCAAGAAUCACUCCCUCUACUUCCUAUCAUCACCCAACCAGAACCUGAGCAGCAGCGGCUAUGCCUCCAACAAGGAGAAAGAAAUGGUCACCAGCUUAUUUUGUAAACUGGCAGCUCUUGUCAGACAUAGGAUCUCUCUCUUUGGAAGUGACUCGACCACCAUGGUGAGCUGCUUGCACAUCCUGGCACACACGCUGGAUACCAGGACGGUGAUGAAGUCGGGUUCCGAAUUGGUGAGGGUCGGGCUCAGGACGUUCUUUGAGAAUGCCGCCGAGGACCUGGAGAGGACGUUCGAGAACCUGAAACUGGGGAAGUUCACUCAUUCGCGCUCCCAGAUGAAAGGGGUAUCGCAGAACAUCAACUACACCACGGUGGCUCUUCUCCCCAUUCUGACCGCUUUGUUCGAGCACAUCACGCAACAUCACUUUGGCAUAGACCUGCUUUUGGAUGAUGUCCAAGUGUCCUGCUAUCGGAUCCUGACCAGCCUCUACGCUUUGGGCACCGGUAAAAACAUCUACGUGGAAAGACAGCUGCCAGCGCUCGGCCAUUGUCUGGCCACCUUAGCGGGGGCCAUGCCGGUGGCUUUCCUGGAGCCGAUGCUCAACAUAUACAACCCCUUCUCAAUCUUUGCCACCAAGAGUGGCCGUGAACGAGCCAUCCUCGGCAUUCCGGACUCAGUUGAACAAAUGUGUCCCGGGAUGCCCCGCCUGGACGGGCUCAUAAAGGACAUCAACGACAUGGCUGAAUCUGGAGCGCGGUACACUGAGAUGCCCCAUGUGAUUGAGGUGGUCUUGCCCAUGCUUUGUAACUACCUCUCCUACUGGUGGGAGAGGGGGCCUGAGAACCAACCAGCUGGUUGUAGCAGCACGUGUUCCACCGUCACCUCAGAGCACCUCAGCCUCAUUCUGGGCAACAUCCUGAAAAUCCUCAACAACAAUCUGGGCAUUGACGAGGCCUCGUGGAUGAAAAGGAUUGCAGUGUAUGUGCAGCCCAUCAUCAGCAAAGCUCGCACUACCCUACUAAAGAGUCACUUCCUGCCCACAUUGGAGAAGCUGAAGAAGAAGACGGUGAAGGUUGUGGCCGAGGAGGAGCUGUUGAAGGCAGACAGCAAGGGAGACACACAGGAGGCCGAAUUGCUCAUCCUGGAUGAGUUUGCCGUGCUCUGCCGGGACCUUUAUGCCUUUUACCCAAUGCUCAUACGCUAUGUGGACAACAACAGGUCCAGAUGGCUGAAAGAACCGGAUGCUGACUCAAAUGAGCUUUUCAAGAUGGUUGCUGAGAUUUUUAUCCUCUGGUGCAAGUCACAUAAUUUCAAGCGAGAAGAGCAGAACUUUGUGGUCCAGAAUGAAAUCAACAACCUCUCCUUCUUGACUGGAGACAAUAAAACCAAGAUGUCAAAGUCUGGCGGACAAGACCAGGAGAGAAAACACAAGAAAAGACGUGGUGAGUUCUACUCCAUCCAGACAUCACUGAUCGUGGCUGCUCUCAAGAAGAUGCUUCCAAUCGGCCUCAACAUGUGCACCCCGGGGGACCAGGAACUCAUCUCAUUGGCCAAGACGCGCUAUCUUCUGAGGGACACAGACGACGAGGUAAAAGAUCACAUUCGGCAAAAUCUUCACCUCAGAGAAAAGUCAGAAGACCCCGCUGUGAGGUGGCAGUUAAACCUUUACAAAGAUAUAAUGGUGCGAGGCGAGGGGGCCCCAGACCCCGAGAGGGUGGUGGAUCGUAUUCAGAGGAUCUCCGCUGCUGUUUUUAACUUGGAACAGGUGGAGCAACCACUAAGAUCCAAGAAAUGUGUCUGGCAGAAGUUGCUGUCCAAGCAGCGGAAAAGAGCAGUCGUUGCCUGUUUCCGAAUGGCUCCACUUUAUAAUCUGCCGAGGCAUCGCUCUAUUAAUCUCUUCCUUCUGGCCUAUCAGAGAAUAUGGAUAGAAACAGAAGAAUAUUCUUUUGAGGAGAAUCUAGUACAGGAUCUUGCAAAAAUACAUCACAAAGUGGAAGAGGAGGAAGAGGAGGAGAUUAGAAAGCAGCCCGAUCCGCUUCACCAGCUCGUUCUGCAUUUCAGCCAUAAUGCUCUCACAGAGUGCAGUUCCUUGGAAGAUGAUCCUUUAUAUAUCGCAUACGCAGAUAUGAUGGCAAAGAGUUGUGCUGAAGGUGAAGAGGAAAAUGACGAGAAAGAGAAAACUUUUGAGGAGAAGGAAAUGGAGAAGCAAAAGAUGUUGUACCAGCAAGCCCGACUGCACGAUCGCGGGGCUGCAGAGAUGGUUCUCCAGAUGAUUGGUGCUAGUAAAGGUCGUCUGGAUGCGAUGGUAACCUUCACCCUGAAAUUGGGCAUCUCCAUUCUGAAUGGCGGAAACAUUCUGGUGCAGCAGAAAAUGUUGGACUAUCUGAAAGAGAAGCGAGAUGUCGGCUUCUUCAAAAGUUUAUCUGGACUAAUGAUGUCUUGCAGUGUGCUGGACCUCAAUGCUUUCGAGAGACAAAACAAAGCAGAAGGUCUUGGGAUGGUUACAGAGGAAGGAUCAAUCAACGUGAGUGAGCGGGGUUCCAAAGUGCUUCAAAAUGACGAGUUCACUAAGGAUCUUUUUAGGUUCCUGCAGCUUCUGUGUGAGGGACACAACAACGAUUUCCAGAACUUUCUAAGGACACAGACAGGAAACACAACUACAGUGAACAUCAUUAUCAGUACUGUGGACUAUCUGCUUAGACUUCAGGAAUCCAUCAGUGAUUUCUACUGGUACUACUCCGGAAAAGAUAUAAUUGACGAAGCGGGUCAGAGGAACUUCUCCAAAGCGCUUGCGGUUGCUAAGCAGGUCUUCAACUCGUUAACCGAGUACAUACAGGGUCCAUGCAUAGGCAACCAACAGAGUCUGGCUCAUAGCAGAUUAUGGGAUGCCGUCGUGGGCUUCCUGCAUGUUUUUGCAAAUAUGCAAAUGAAGUUAUCCCAGGACUCCAGUCAAAUUGAAUUGUUAAAGGAGCUGCUGGACCUGCAGAAGGACAUGAUCGUCAUGAUGCUCUCUCUUCUCGAAGGAAAUGUCGUCAAUGGGACCAUCGGGAAACAAAUGGUGGACACCUUGGUGGAAUCGUCCAGCAACGUAGAAAUGAUCCUCAAGUUCUUUGACAUGUUCCUCAAGUUAAAGGACCUCACCACCUCAGACAGCUUCAAGAUCUAUGAUGCCGAAAGCAAAGGUUUUAUCUCCAAGAAGGAUUUCCAGAAGUCCAUGGAGAACCAGAAGCAGUAUUCCCAGUCGGAGAUUGAGUUUCUUCUGUCUUGUGCCGAGGCGGAUGAGAAUGACAUGUUCAACUACGUGCAGUUUGUGGAAAGGUUCCAUGAGCCCGCUAAAGACAUUGGCUUCAACGUGGCCGUUCUUCUAACAAACCUCUCGGAGCACAUGCCACACGAUGCUCGCCUCUCCACGUUCCAGGAUCUGGCCGAGAGUGUCCUCAGCUACUUUGAACCCUACUUGGGUCGUAUCGAGAUCAUGGGCGGAGCCAAGCGCAUCGAACGAGUCUACUUCGACAUCAGCGAGUCGAGUCGAACUCAAUGGGAGAAGCCUCAGGUGAAGGAGUCCAAGCGACAAUUCAUCUUUGAUGUUGUCAAUGAAGGCGGAGAAAGCGAGAAGAUGGAACUGUUUGUGAAUUUCUGCGAGGAUACCAUUUUUGAGAUGCAACUAGCUUCGCAGAUUUCAGAGCCGGACCCGGUGGAGCGCCAGGAAGAAGAAGACGAAGAUGACAGCCAGAGCUUGGCGGAGAACCAGGAGGAGGAAGAGGAGGAGAAUAUGAUGUUGGAGUCUUCAUCAGCAUUUACCAUCGCCUGUAUCUCCAUGAGAAAGAAUAUCUGCCACGUUCGCCAGAUGCUGACUUUCAAGAGCAUGAAACGGCAGUACAGAAAAUUCCGAAAGAUGAGCGUGAGGGAGACGGUACACGGCUUUUUUGCGUUCUUCUGGAUGAUCAUCACCGGCCUCUUCCACUUUGUCUACAGCUUGGUUUGGGGGUUCUUCCAUAUUUUGUGGACCACCAUGUUUGGGGGUGGCCUCGUUGAAGGGGCAAAGAACAUGAAGGUUACGGACAUUCUGGGAAACAUGCCCGAUCCCACUCAGUUUGGAAUCCAUGGAGAUGUUCUGGAGACAGACAAGAUGGAGGCGCAUGAGGCGUCGGCAUUGACCGAAAUGGGUCACAUGGCUCAGGGGGAAGUGGCCGAGGGAGACCUGAUGGCUGAGCUGCUCAACAUCCAGCCCAAGAAGGAAGGCAAGCAUGGAGCAGAGCCUGGAUUGGGGGACGUGUCUGAGGUAGUUGUCGGGGGCGACGCGCCAUCCAUAGCUAGUGCUGUCAAGCAGAAGAAGGCUCAGAUGGCUGCCAAGAACCGGGCUUCAAAUGGAGACUACAAAUCCGAUUCAGAGAAAGCAGACUCUGAUGAUGGUGAGAAGAAGGACCACGACAAGGCCAAGGAUGAAGCCCCUCCGGCUAUUUCAAUGGGAAAGAAAGCCCCCAAGAAGAGGCUCAAUGUAAAGAAAGACCCACCGGAGGCCUUCAUGGCCAGCUUCUUUGCUGGCUUGGAAGUCUACCAAACCAAGAUGCUGAACUACCUGGCCAGGAACUUCUACAACCUGCGAUUUUUGGCACUGUUUGUCGCAUUUGCUAUCAACUUCAUUCUUCUCUUCUAUAAAGUGACCGGCGAUAACUCUGAUGAUGAAGAUCCUUGGAAUGGUCAUGGGAGAACUGUAGAGGAAGAGGAAGACGAUAACUCUCUUGAAUAUUUUAUCCUACAAGAGAGUACGGGCUACAUGGCGCCAACUCUUCGCUGUCUGGCAAUACUGCACACGAUUAUAUCGUUUUUGUGUGUCGUGGGAUACUACUACCUGAAGGUUCCACUGGUAGUGUUCAAGCGUGAGAAGGAGAUAGCCAGAAAGUUGGAGUUUGCUGGACUCUACAUCACCGAGCAGCCGUCAGAUGAUGAUAUUAAAGGACAGUGGGACAGGAUGGUCAUUAAUACACCAUCUUUCCCCAACAACUACUGGGAUAAAUUUGUCAAACGAAAGGUGAUUAAAAAGUAUGGCGACUUGUAUGGCGCCGAGAGGAUUGCAGAGUUGCUGGGAUUGGACAAAAGCGCUCUGGAUUUUAAUCCGACGGAGGAAGCCGUCACCAAGGAGGCCUCAUUGGUGUCCUGGUUGAGCUCAAUCGAUACAAUGUAUCAUAUCUGGAAAAUGGGGGUGGUGUUUACAGACAACUCCUUCCUUUACCUUGUGUGGUACACGACCAUGUCCAUUCUGGGCCACUAUAACAACUUCUUCUUUGCUGCACAUCUGCUGGACAUCGCAAUGGGAUUCAAGACGCUUCGCACCAUUUUGUCCUCGGUCACCCAUAACGGCAAACAGCUGGUUUUGACGGUGGGGCUCCUGGCCGUCGUGGUCUACCUCUACACUGUGGUGGCCUUCAACUUCUUCAGGAAGUUCUACAACAAGAGCGAAGAUGACGACGAGCCAGACAUGAAGUGUGACGAUAUGAUGACUUGCUACCUAUUCCACAUGUAUGUGGGCGUAAGAGCGGGGGGUGGCAUUGGUGAUGAGAUUGAAGACCCGGCUGGCGAUCCCUACGAGCUGUACCGCAUCCUUUUCGACAUCACCUUCUUUUUCUUCGUCAUCGUCAUCCUCUUGGCUAUCAUCCAGGGUUUGAUCAUUGAUGCUUUUGGAGAGCUGAGAGACCAGCAGGAACAAGUCAAAGAAGACAUGGAGACAAAAUGUUUCAUUUGUGGGAUCGGAAACGACUACUUUGACACAACGCCUCAUGGCUUUGAGACUCACACUUUGCAAGAGCACAAUUUGGCCAAUUACCUGUUUUUCCUGAUGUACCUCAUCAACAAGGAUGAGACCGAGCACACUGGCCAGGAGUCAUACGUGUGGAAGAUGUACCAGGAGCGUUGUUGGGAUUUCUUCCCAGCCGGAGACUGCUUCCGCAAACAGUAUGAAGAUCAGCUGGGUUAAAGCGGAUUCCUUCACCUGACCCCAAUCCGGGAGGAGAGGGGGGGUGCGCUGCUCCUCUAAUGUGCACCCAUGAACGUCCUGACCCACACUGAGCCGAGGGCCGUAUAAAUGAUCAAGCAAGGAAGAGCGCUGCCUGCCUUCGCUACCUUCACUUCGGAUGUCAGCCUUCAAUUUACCUUGUCAGGUUUUGGCUUUCCGAAGCACUGCAUUGCCUUUUACUCUUUUACUCCCCCCCCAAUCAUUGCACAAUGUUAUGUUGUCUCCUUGAGAAACUCGAGUGGGCGUAGGAAUUAUGAGACAAUUUGUCAGUCAGAAUAUGCACAAGAAUCCAAACUAUUUAUUUUGAGAAUGUUGCGACUUAAUGCCAAAAGAAGAGUGAAGUGCAUUUGUUGUGUAAUCUUGCAAGUGAAAUGUAAGGGGCAAACGGUAUUAUGUCAAAUCUAAUUUUUUAAAAUUGUUUUCCACCAAGUGCCUUAUACUGUAGUAGCGAGUCUACAUUACAAAGAAGCUAUGCAAACCCUUGUGCUGUCUUUUCUUAUUGUGAGUAAGUAGACUACCGAUACAGACUUUUUUCAUUUAAAAUGAGAAAAGAAAAAGUCAUUUGUUUUGCUGAAUGCAGCAUACAUGCAAACGUUAAAUGUUGUAUAAACGACAUUGGAGUUGACUUGGAACAGCGACCGUGGAAUUGCUAUUGUAUGGCCGUUUGUAUGUAGUAGCUUUGCAGAUUUGUGCAUUUCUUUUGAUGGGACAAAAAUAAAAUA